AUGUCGACCGCCGAUGCAAAGCCUCUGCCCUUUGUCUACCAGUUCGCGGCCGGUGCCGUGGCUGGUGUGUCAGAAAUUCUGAUCAUGUACCCGCUGGACGUUGUCAAGACUCGAGUACAACUUCAGACAGGCAAAGUCACUGGUGAGGAGGGCUACAAUGGCAUGGUCGACUGUUUCAGGAAGAUCAUCAAGCAUGAGGGUGCUUCAAGACUGUACCGCGGUAUUACCGCACCCAUUCUUAUGGAAGCUCCCAAGAGGGCCACCAAGUUCGCCGCCAACGACUCUUGGGGAUCAUUCUACCGCAACCUCUUCGGUGUGGCCAAGAUGAACCAGUCGCUGUCCAUUCUCACUGGCGCUACCGCUGGCGCCACCGAGGCUUUCGUCGUCGUACCCUUCGAGCUCGUCAAGAUCCGGCUGCAGGACAAGGCCCAGUCGCACAAGUACAAUGGCAUGGUAGACUGCGUUACCAAGAUUGUCAAGAACGAAGGCCCACUCACCCUUUACCAAGGUCUCGAGUCGACCAUGUGGAGGCACAUUCUGUGGAAUGCCGGCUACUUUGGCUGCAUUUUCCAGGUCCGCGCUCUCUUGCCCGCCGCUACCGACAAAAAGGGUCAAAUCACAAAUGAUCUAUUGUCCGGUGCUGUUGGUGGCACUGUCGGUACCAUCCUUAACACGCCCAUGGAUGUCGCCAAGUCACGUAUCCAGAACUCUACCAAGGUCGUAGGCACAGUCCCUAAGUACAACUGGGCAUGGCCGGCGCUCGGCACCAUUAUGAGGGAGGAGGGUUUCCCCGCGCUAUACAAGGGUUUCUUGCCCAAGGUGCUACGAUUGGGCCCUGGAGGUGGUAUCCUGCUCGUUGUGUUCACCGGUGUCAUGGACUUCUUCCGCAAGAUGCGCGAAAACCAAUAG